UGCAAAUACCACACAAGACUAUUUUCACAUCCCGCCAUCCGCUUUCAUUAUCUGUUUAAGGAACUUUUAAAGCCUUGAAGACUGUUUUCUGAGAAGCAGAAUGUUCAUGGAGCUUUUACGCAAGUACCUCUGGUUGUGGGUGAUUCUUGGGAUUAUUUCUGUGUCUGCGGUCAUCGUCUUCUUCUGCGUCUGCAUCAACCGAUGGUUAUCAAGACAAGGCAGACUCAGAAUCACACAGCUUCACAGGAACAAGUCUGACUUAACUAUCAAAAGCAACAAAUACCAGGUUGAGACGCCGCCUUUACCAUCUCGGGCACAGUUUCUCACAGCAGCGGCUCAAAGCUAUGAAAAUCUGGCUGACGAACACGACUAUGAGGAGGCCGAGCCUGUGUGCCAGGUGGCCAUGCCCAAGCACCAGGGGUCCAUGCCCAAACACCAGGAGUCCAUGCCCAAACACCAGGAGUCCAUGCCCAAACACCAGGAGUCCAUGCCCAAACACCAGGUGGCCAUGCCCAAACACCAGGUGGCCAUGCCCAAACACCAGGGGUCCAUGCCCAAACACCAGGGGUCCAUGCCCAAACACCAGGGGUCCAUGCCCAAAUGCCAGGUGACCAUGCCCAAAUGCCAGGAGGCCAUGUCCGAUUACGAGGAGGCGUCGCCCGAUUAUGAGGAGGCGUCGCCCGCUUACGAGGAGGCGUCGCCCGAUUACGAGGAGGCGUCGCCCGAUUACGAGGAGGCGUCGCCCGAUUACGAGAAGGCGUCGACCGAUUACGAGGAGGCGUCGCCCGAUUACGAGAAGGCGUCGCCCGAUUACGAGAAUUCAACACCUGAGUCGUUUGACUACGUAAAGGUGGAGGCUGAGGUGAGGAUUCUUCCUCCACUUUACAGGAAAACAGAUGAAGAAACAGACGAUGCGUCCACUGAAGACUACGACGACAUCGAUGGUGAAGACGAUGAUGAAGAGGAUUACGACGAUUUGGGUUAAAAUGUCGUUUAAAGGGGAGAGAAUAUCCUUUUUAAAUAAUGACUUUUAAUUGGACUUUUUCCUUUCAUAUCUGUAUCCUGCUGAGCAGAGAGAUCAGAACAAAGGUACUUUGACUGUGGUAUUAUUUUAAUAUUAUCCAUGUUUUUUCAGAAAAUAAGAGGCUAUUGAGGCAUUAGCUUAGCCUAGCAUAAAGGCUAAAAGUAGAGGGGAAACCGCUAGCCUGUUAUAUCUACAUGGAAAUAUAUACUGUAUAGAUACUGUAUAGACAGCUCCAUUGUUGUCCAAAAACGAUUGAAAACACACAAAUGGCCUGCACUGUUUCACGGGGGAGCAUGAAAAUAAAACAAGAGAGAUGUAGUUAUUUAAUGUGUGAUUUUAAAGACUAGAGAUGCAGAAAUUAUAAAUAAAGUUUACUGUACAUUGUA